AAGCAAGCAUAAAUGGCCAUGACGACGGGACCACAUUGCACCUAUAUCCUACUGCUGAUGUAUUCUCAUCAAAAUGGCAAGCAUCGCGUUUCCCCAUCUCGCACGGCGCCAUAUCCUUUCAACAACACAUACCUACAGCUACGCCUACCACCCGCCAUCCACACCCUCCCUACCUACACUCCUCUUCCUACACGGAUUUCCUUCAUCAUGCUACGACUGGCGUCACCAGAUCCAGUUCUUCUCUCGCCAAGGUUACGGAGUGCUCGCCCCAGAUCUACUAGGGUACGGGGGCACGUCUAAGCCCACCGAUAUCAACGAGUACAAGAGCAAGAAAAUGGCUGCUGAAAUCAUCGAGCUUUUGGACCAUGAGUCCAUCAACAAAGUACACGCCGUCGGCCACGAUACAGGAUGUACGCUUCUCUCCCGACUGGCGGACUACUUCCCGAGCCGUCUACUGUCGUGCUCGUUCCUGGAUGUGCCCUACUCGAAGCCAGGACAGGCCUUUGCUCUUGCCAUGGUCAAUUCCAUGACGAAGCAGUUUCUAGGGUUUGAAAGAUUUGGCUAUAUUGGGUUCUUUGUCAGGGAUGAUGCGGGUCGUGUCCUUGAUCAGCAUUCUGAAUCAUUCUUCACUCUAUUCUACCCUGAAGACCCCGACCUCUGGAUUGACCACGUCGGCCCGACAGGCGCGAUAGAGGACUGGCUUGUUCAAGAUAAGAAAGCCCCAUUUGCGCCAUAUAUUAGCGAAACUGAACGAGACAUCCACCAGCAGAUACUGCGAAACAGUCACAGCUCAGCCCUCAAGUGGUAUAACGCGUUAGUCGAAAACAUCAACGCGGAAGAUGAGAGAGCCAUCAACCCGGAGCUUGCAAUGCCGGUCCUAAUGAUAUGCCCUCAGCCUACGAGGCUCGAAUUACCGGGGGUCGAGGAACAAAUGAGGCAGGUUGCUUCCAAUCUGACUUUUGGAAGAGUUAGCACAGCGGGACACUGGAUGCAGCUCGAGGCACCAGACGAAAUCAACGAGGCCUUGAAGGCGUUCUUCGAGGAAAAUAAGUAGGUAGUGAAAGCGACCUCG